AUGCGCGUUAAGUUCUUUCUUCUCGAUUGGGAAACCAAAGGUCAGGAUUAUCUCCAGGACAUUACAAUAUCUCCUCAAUCAAGGGGCUUUCUUCGUUUCUACGUGUUCUAUCGGAGUAAAGAAAUACCGGCGAAGUUGCUACCGCAGUUCAGAUUUCUGCAUGUGCCCAAGAACACAACUAUAAUGCCAUUUAGCGCUGUAGAUUGGAGAUUUCUUUCGACGAAGCUGAUCGCUAAGGACCCGCGCGUUCGAGUGCAAGAAAAAAGAGACAUAAUCCUCGUUUCAUCUGAAGCCCAAAUUGUUUUUUCCUCCUUGCUAGAAAUCUUAAACGAAGAAAAUGCUUCCUACAAGGUCGCUGAUACUAAGGAAUGUUCUCUCAUGGACGAAUUCCAAUACAUUUGCGAUAAAUGUCGCAUGGUCUUCUACAACAGAAAAGAACUAAGAAAACACGACGAGGUUUCCUGCGGGUUUUUCGAUGGUUGUCUUACGCAGAAGCACAAACGAAAAAUAGGAUUUUCUAACCAGGAAUCCUUAUCUCAAGAACGCGUUCAGGACGCAGACAGAUGUGAUCUGUGCACCACAAAUUGCGUCCUAACGUACUGCCCUCAUACAAGAAGGAAAGAAGACAUGAAAAUGAUUCACAAAACAACGUACGUGGGCAAGACACAUCCUUGUUGGAGUAAAUACGACACGAAUGAUUUCAGCGCGCACUUUUUCUAUGGUUACGAUGUUCUGCCAUGUUUGGCGGUGACCGGCUGCACGCGCACGUUCCGCACUCUUCAAGAGCAGGCACAUCAUCACGUGACCGAACAUGGCUGCCGUAAGCCGUAUUUUUGCAUCGUGUGUUAUAAACUGUUGAAAUUCAAAUGUUUCGAAAGUGAAAAUGAGUUGUUGUACCACGGUAAACUCGAGGGACAUUGUGAGCCAGAAUUUUCGUUUGCUUAA